UGUAAUUUUCAGCAGCUGGACACUUCUUGAUCUACUAUAUCAUUGACAAGCUGAGCAUUGCUGCGGCUGUCAAGACAACAGGUGGUGGAGGCUAUAGUAGCCCGUGGUAGAUUCAUUGCUUCGGGAUAACCGUUGACACCGUUUCGAUGAGCAGAGAUGCUCUAUCUACGUCGGCGUCGGCCGCAACAUUGACAAGCUUGCCCGACCGACCGAGCGAGAGGACGCCUUUGGUCGGCUCAGACUCGAAGCGCAGCAGGGGCGUGAGCUGGGAGAACGAUAGUCAAGAUGAUGGAGAUGCCUCGGACAGAGGACGAGAAGUGGAGGUCUAUGUUCCAGGAGACAGUAGCUUCAGUCAGACGGUGCUCAACUGUCUGGGUGACUUAAUAGGUCAGGGGAUCCUCGCGUGUCCCUUGGCUUUCGCGUACUCAGGCUGGGUCUUCGGUCCUGUCAUGUUGAUAGGUUUUGGAGGGAUAACCUUGUACACACUCAAGCUUCUCUUGCGUGUCAUUGAAAAAGACCGUCGACUUCGGAGCUAUACCGAUGUCAUAGGUUAUUGCCUGGGCUCAAAAGGUCAAGCUAUCGUCUCCGUCCUAUUUGCGCUAGAUUGCAUGAUCUGGUUGAUCGCCCUACUCAUCGUCUUCGCGGAUUCUUUCCAUGUCCUCGUCCCCAGCAUUUCCAGCACGCAGUGGAAGCUGCUAUCGUUAAUUCUCACAAUUCCCCUGUCAUACUUACCCCUGCGGUAUAUAUCUCUGGCUUCGUUCCUCGGCGUGACCGGAACGUGGUCACUAGUUGGCAUCUUGGUGUUCUCCGGGGCUACUACCCCCCAUGGACCCGGGUCUUUGCGAGACCCAGCGCAUACCGACAUUCUGCCUGCUCAUGGCGUGAUCAAGCUGGGUACAGCCAUUGGAUUGUUCAUUUCAGGAUUCGGCGGUCAUAGCCUGGUCCCAACCUUGAUCCAUGACAUGAAGAACCCCAAGCGAGCCGACCACAUGUGCCACCUUGCGUAUGCCAUCUGUCUAGUCGUCUACGUCCUGGUCGCCGUGGUGGGGUACCUCAUGUACGGCGCGAAUGUCUCAGAUCAGGUCACUAAAGAUCUAGUCAAGGCCCCUGGAUUCUCCCCCCUUUUGAACCAAUUUGCUGUUCUCGCCACAGCCGUCAACGCGGUCACCAAGCUACCUCUAGGCUUUCGACCACUCGCAGACAUGUCAUUCACAAUGCUUGGCCUUCAUCCAACCAUUUUGAUACCUCGUGUGGCACCUACCCCUCGUUACACCGAACCCAGCACUCCCACCGUUGAGGGUUCCGAAGAUUCUCCUUUCAUGAACAGUGAUGGAUUGAACAGUGGCAUCAGCUUACAUGCACCCCUGCCGAUCAUAGAUGACCACGGCCAACACAACCACCGCGAACGCCUAAAGCUGAUUGCGCGAACUUUGAUUCAAUUCGCUCUACCCGUCCUCCCAGUGAUAGCCGCCAUUGUCCUGCCGUCGUUCGAAUCCCUCCUCAGCUUUCUUGGAAGCGGCUUCGCAGUUGUCAUCUCGAUUUUACUGCCUAUUGCCGCCAAAGCCUCUGUCUAUGGAUGGCGGAAGCACGAAGUCGCUGUUUUCGCUUUCAGCGCGAUCGCCGGGACCAUUGGAGUGAUUUGUACGUUCGCACCAGACAAGAGUAUGUAGUAUCGCGCAAUGGCCAGACCAUCUGAGGCGCGACCGGCUAAUGGGGCCUCUCACUGUGUAUAACGCUCCGCAUGCAUGUAUCCAACGUUCGCGGCUUACCCGUACCGCUUACGCCACAAGGUCGGCCCGAGUCCGGAAGCACGUUUUGAGCCGAAAUGCUUGUAUUAUUGUAUGUUCGAUUUCCUUUCCCAACUGGUCAUGAUCUACAGGACCCUGUCUGUGUGUUGUGAGUUAUUCGUCUGCUCAGCGUACUCUCACGACACCCCGUGAGUUGACGCUCGUUG